AUGUCAGGCACAAUGUUACGUUCCACAGCCAGCCCACCUACAAAUGCUCCGCAUGACAUCAAUGCCAGCCGUAACAGCAACAACAGCAUACCCAAGUUCUUCUUUCCACAUGGAAAACCUCUUCCAGUCGCCGAACAAGAACGCAAGCUACGCAAGGUGGUCAUCAUUGCAAAUCACCUCUUUGGUCAGCAACCCUAUAUACUCGAAUCCCAAUUUGUAUCCAUCACUCGAGCAUGUGGACUUCCUCGAUAUAUGAACAUUGCUCUUUUUCGUCGUAUUGAUUCCUUACAUCAACGAGAAGAACGUAUCUCCUUUGAUCAUUUUGUAAGCGGCUGGUCCCAACUAUCACAAGAUCGAUUCGACGAUGUAUCAUUGUUCUUUAAUAUUCUACGAAAACCUGGCUGUGCCUGGCUAUUACCUGAAGACUUUCUACCUGUACUUGAAGACAUUGUAUUACAUCAUCCAGGCUUACGCUUUUUAGCUGAUAACCCCAUGUUUCAAGAGCGUUACAUUGAAACCGUCAUUUGUCGCUUGUACUACGAAGCACGCUGCCCCAGUGGCAAGAUGACCAUGGUCCAAUUCCGCCGUAGCAAUUUCGUGCAGAUGAUCCAUUCACUUGGUCCCAAUGUCGACUUGAAUAGCACUCGAGAUUGUUUCUCUUACAAGCAUUUCUACGUCCUUUAUUGCAAGUUUUGGACAUUGGACGAUGACCAUGAUUUGAUCAUCUCUGAGGAGGAUCUAGCAAAAUACAAUCAAGGUGCAUUGGCUCCAAGUGCCAUACAGCGUAUCAUGCAAUGUGGAAGGAUUGCAGCUUUUGCUCGAGAUCCCGGUGCAUCGACAUCAUCAUCAUCAUCUCCAGCAACCCUAUCAUGUGAGGCCACCAUGGAGGAAGAUCAAGUACAACAACAAUCUACUACCAUCACCUUGACUUAUCUCGACUAUAUAUGGUUCUUGCUGUCAGAAGUUGACAAAGCAACACCUAUGGCUAUUGAAUAUUGGUUUCGAUGCUUGGAUACAGAUGGGGAUGGUAUACUUUCUGCAUAUGAAUUGGAGCAAUUCUGGAGGGAACAGGAAGCAAGGAACGAUUUAAUCCAACCACGAGUGCGAGGCCAAUUCCGACUACAAGAUCUUAAACGCAAUGGUUUCUUGGCAGAAAGGUUCUUUGACACCUUUCUCAACUUUGAUCGGUUUCAGAUUCAUGAGUCUUACCAAGGAUCCAUUCGAGCCAAGCGAAAGGAGGAAAUGGAACGACGUCAACGCAUCCAUGAUGGUGAAUUAAUCGAGGAAUCUUUAUUGCCCAUCUUUGAUGAUAGCUUGGGAUUUUUCAUGAUAAGUGAUUGGUGGGAAUAUGCCGAAAUUGAAUACCAGCAAUUAUUGUUGAGCGAACAAGGAGAUAUGAUAUGCGAUGAGGAUGACGAAGAAGAGGAAAACGAUGAUACCGGCUCGUUUGAAGAUGAUGAGGAGGAGGAUGAAGAAGAUGCGAGUCAAUUGGAAGAAGCUUGUAGUACAAGUGAUCAUGACAGUGACACAAGCGCACCAACAACACCUACCAAAGACCCCAUCACUGGUGCCUCGCUUCAUCAAUGGAAACAAGAUUCAGUAUCAAACACGAGUAGCAGCACCACAAUGGUACAACCAUCCACAAAUACUUCUGAACAACGACAACAGCAACCCCAGGACCCAACAACCGCUCAAGUAUGGCUAUGGCAACCAAACACGAAAGCGGCGGGGACUACAGCACCUGCAGCAGCAGUAAAUGAUGACGAGAUGGAAAAUGAAGAACAAGGCGAAGAUCGUGCAGCUGAAUGGGUAUGGCUGAUUUCAUCCUCUCAUCAUCACCACCAACACCUGACAAAUGCUCCUCCUCAUUCCACUUCUUAG